UCCAAACCUACAGCUCAAGGCCGGAGGGAAUAAACAAUGUAACCACAUAACUUCCAAGAAAAAGAAAAGAGGCGAGCGCUUCUGCGGGUAAUGUUGAAAGAAACGCGUGCUUGGCCACCAUAAACCGCUCUUCGCCACUCAGCGACCACUAGUGUGCACUUAGGACCUGAACGAGUCGGUACGAGCGACUCAUUGUCCUCCCAAUCAUGAAAUCUGGGAUUUUCGUAGUUUUCAGACGGGGCAUAUGCCCAAUUAAUGCAGUAAUUGCGAAGAUAUAUGUGCUGUUUUUGUUGACAGUGACGGCAUUGGCAAGUGAUGCACCUGUCGUGCGAAUCAAUUCGGGACUGGUGGCCGGCCAAAGAAUAGAGGUCGGCGGAAAGCAACUCUACGCCUAUCUCGGUAUACCUUACGCGCAACCUCCUAUUGGUGACUAUCGUUUCCGAAAGCCUGUACCUAUUGCUAAUUGGGAGGGAGUGUACAACGCCUCGAACAAACCUAAGCCCUGCCGUCAGCUUCCAAUACCUCUGAUGGGACGCCUAUCACUGAACUACUCCGGAUCGUCAGAGGACUGUCUUCACAUUAACGUUUGGACGCCUUCAUCUGCUUGCCUAUAUAGUAAGAAGGAGAACUGCAAGAAGAAGCUUCCAGCAGUCGUCUUUAUUCACGGUGGUGGUUUCCAGUGGGGGGACUCGGCACUCUUCAUGCACGAUCCGGCCAAUUCCGUUGCCAUGUCAGGCAUCGUGUACGUGACUUUCAACUACCGGGUGGGUCUUCAUGGAUUCCUGUCUCUCGAACAUUCCGAAUUGCCCGGAAACGUUGGCUUUUGGGACCAGAACCUGGCCCUGAAAUGGGUGCACAAGAAUGUUGCCGCCUUUGGUGGAAACCCUGACGAAAUCACAGUAGACGGGCAGAGUGCAGGCGCCAUAUCGGCGGCUCUUCAAGCUGCUUCACCACAUAGCAAGGGGCUGUUCCAAAGAUUGAUUCUGCAAAGCGGAUCGCCCAUGAGCCUUGUUCUGGGUGACUACUUUAAAGGAAAGGGUAAAUUCAUCAGCAUAGCUGGGACUCUUGGUUGCUACGACUUGAAGAGAACGCUCGACGAGCAGCUCACCGAAUCUAUCAGCUGCCUGCGCAGUCUGGAACCCGCUGAACUGAUAAAGAAACUCCAGUCGCUUGACAUCGUGCAGCAGACCUUUGCGCCCAAUGACAACGAUGAAUUCUUACCUUUCUCAGUUGCCUCUCCAGAGCCUUGGAGCAAUCUCUAUGUCAAGGAGCUGAUUGUUGGAACGACGGAGAAUGAGGCUGCGAUCUUCUUCCAUCUGGCCAUCAUGACAUUCCCAGAUCUGGCGGAGAUCCUUAUGACAGAGUACACGACAGUGUGCACGAUUGUUAUAACUCAGGUACUCGGGCUUCCCAUGGUGCAAGCGCGCAGAAUAGUGAGCGCUUAUUUCGGUGACGUCAGUGACGACAUCAGCUACGAAAAGCUCCGAGACGUUGUCAGUCAGAUGAUUGGCGAUGUACUCUUCGACUGCCCUGCGCAGAUGUUUGCGGAUACGACAUCUAAAAGUGGCGUCAAGACAUAUCGGUAUGUGUUCGCGCACAAGGGAUCCCACAGCUUCUUCCCUAAAUGGAUGGGUGUAGCGCACGGUGAGGAUGUGCUCUACACUCUUGGCUCGCUUCCUUUCCUCAAGGACAAGAGCCGAUACACCGACCCGCUUGGCGACAUUGGCAAGAGAUUCCUGGCAACCCAGGACUACAGCUCCGAAGACGAGUGCUUCAUGAAAGAAAUCGUUAGCGCCUGGAAUUCCUUUGCGACCACAGGGAAACCGGUCAUUCCUCAUUCGAAUGUCGACUGGCCCGAGUACACAAUAGAAGAUCCCCAAAUGCUCGUGCUCAAGCCCAACAACUACACCGUUGUCCGAGAGAUGAAACGAGAACGUUGCAAGUUUUGGAAACCACUGCUCUACAAAAGCGACGACUCCUUAAAGACUAGGAACGCGCCGAGCGCCAGCGCUAAGCCCACCAAGCCGAGUAUGCGCACGUCCACGAAGAAGAAAAUAUCGGGCCUUGGCAAAGAGAACAUCGCGUCUGCGUCUCCAGCGAUAAUCCACUCAUCUGGCGUGUUUACAUCCAUGUUUUUAACCUGUUUGUUAUUUUGUUUCUGACGCGAGGAUUUUCCACAGCAGAAGACCGGUGAGGAUACUGCGCUGAUGUACUUUAAAAGAUGUAUAUGUA